GACGGAGGGAGUAUCUAAUUCAAACAAAAUUCAAGCCCGUUCCCUACUUUCUCUGUCUCUCUCACCCUUCCAUCUCCGCCACCCCUGACAACCUCUGCUCUUCCUCUCCACUCUCUCCGCCACUCCGGAUACCGCCUCAGUACUAUUUUCAAUGAACUCCACCAUCACCGCCGCACUAACCACCGAAGAAGAGCUACAACAACUAAAAUCAUCCCUUCCAAAUGAAUUAUGGUUCAAUUCCUACCCCAUGUAUUUCUACCAAAAUUGCUGGAACAUAAUUCUGGAAUCCACAAUUUCUUGCCAAAACCAUUUUAAAGCUCAAGAUUCCGAUAUAUUCAUUGCUAGCAUCCCCAAAACUGGCACAACUUGGCUCAAAUCCCUAAUUUUCUCAAUUUUCAACAGAAAAAAUUACCCAAUUUCUGAAAACCCUUUACUAAAACACAACCCCCAUGAAUUAAUCCCGCAAUUAGAGUCCAUAAUUUAUGCUAAUCCACAAAAUCCAGAUCUCAAAACCCUAGAAAAGAAGUUGAAUUACCCUAGAAUUUUGGGCACCCAUCUACCAAUUCAAUCAUUACCCACUUCAAUUAAGAACUCUAAUUGCAAGAUCAUUUACAUUUGUAGGAACCCUUUUGACACAUUUGUAUCAUCUUGGUUGUUUUACUUGAACUAUGACGAGAAUACAAAUGUGAAAGAUGAUAUGAUUGAGGAGUAUUUUGGUAAAUUUUGUGAAGGGAAAUUCCCAUUUGGGGGUUUUGAGGAUCAUGUAUUGGGGUAUUGGAAGGAGAGUUUGGAGAGAUCAGGAAAAGUUAUGUUUAUGAAAUUUGAGGAUUUGAAGGAUGAUCCUAAGAGUGAAUUGAAGAAAUUGGGGGAAUUCGUGGCAUGUCCAUUUUCGAGUGAGGAAGAAGAAGAUGGUGUAAUUGAUGAGAUUGUAAAAAUGUGUAGUAUUGAGAAGUUGAAAGAAGUGGAGGCUAAUAAGAGUGGAAGAGUUUACUCUUUUAUUGAGAAUAAGUGGUUUUUCAGGAAAGGGGAAGUUGGUGAUUGGGUUAAUUAUUUGAAUCCUUGUAUGGUGGAAAGGUUUGAGAAAGUUAUGAGUGAGAAAUUUGCAGGUUAUGGGUUGGAAUUAUGAGUGAUUGUUGGUAGAAUUUAUGGCCUUAAUUAGGAAAUGUUGAAUCAUUUGUGGUUUGUAUCAUUGUAUGUUAUGCUGUUGUAUUUGUUUGUUGAUUUGUUUGAUUUGUCUAGAUUAUGUACUAGAAUAGCAUGAGUAAUGUAAUGUGAUAUUUGAACUGGUA